AUGGGCACCCCACAACAACCCCCUAAAUCCAAACCCCAAGCCCGGGUCAACCCAACCCCCCAUAUCCGUCCUCCUCCACCACCGCCAAAGGAUAUCCGGCAGACGAAGGCGUAUAAGACUGCAGCGAGGCGAUGGACGACGACGAUCGUGGCGCUACCGAUUCUCUUCUAUACGUCCUGGGUGUUGUUUGAGAGGACGUACGGCGACAAGCAGCCGAAGCGGUUGGCUGGGGUGCCAGGUAAAGGGGAUGAAGAGAAGUGA